UUUAUGCUACGCGCGUGUUACGUUUCGUUAGCUGCAGUUUAUUUAUGUGUUUCACUGUAAUUAUCAGCUGUUAUUAACUUCGUUUGGUUCAUACCUUGCAUUAGAGUCAAUUAUACGAAGGCAAUAAAUAAUUUCGAUAAAAUAUGUCCGAACAAGAAUCGCCGUCGCCUACUAAAAUUAAGGAAUUGAGGUUACCCAUGUCAAGGGUGAAAACGAUUAUGAAAAGUUCUCCGUACGUUGAUACGAUCGGGCAGGAUGGAUUAUAUUUAGUCACAAAAGCCACGGAACUGUUCAUCCAUUAUUUAACAGAAGAGGCACAUUUGCAAGGUAACAAAGGGAAUUCGUUGGACUAUAAGCAUUUGGCAGAAGUCGUGCAGAAUAAUGAUAUUCUGGAAUUUCUGAGGGAAAUAAUGCCCAGGAAGAUAACAGUUAGGCAAUUUAAAGAGAUGAUGGCUGCAAAGAGUUCAAAUAGCAGUUCGGAGAGUUCAGAUUCAGACAGUGAUAGUGAAUCAGAGACAGAUUCUUGUUCUGACAGUGAUGACAAAAAGGCAGAAGCCGAGGAUGAUACGAACAUGUCUAACAGUGAGCAAGAGAGUGAGACAAAUGAAAAUGGUAGAAACGAUUCCACGAGUGAUAAGAGCGACAGUGAGGGCGAGUCCAAGAGAUAGAAGAAUGGAUUUUGACUCACGUUUACAAGGCUCUCUGAUUAUUUAAUAGGUAUCUUUCCAAAUAUUUAUGAUUCAUCAGUAUUUUAUAUUCCCAAUUAAAGAUGGACAAUAAUUUUACAAACGUAGUUCUAUUUUUGUAUGGAAUCAUCAGACAUGGACAUUACUCUAGACAGUCGAACAGUUUUAAUUCCUUGUGUAUAGAUUGUAUGAGCCUGUAUGAAGUACAGGAUUUUUUAUUUUUGUAUUGACUUCAGCCUCGCAUUACUUUCAGUUAAAUCGUGUGUGUUAUGUAAUAAAUGCAUCGGAUUUUCGUUUAGUAUUGUAUGAAUCAAGAUGAUUUAGAUUAUUCUGAGAAUUGUAGUCUGAAUGCUGAAUAGGAAAAUAAAAAAAUGAGUGAUAGAGGAAAAUGUUAUACUCCGAACUUCACCGUUUCGUAAUUAGCAGACGUUAAUUCCUUAUCAAUAAAUCGCUCCCAGAAUUCACGAUA